CUGGGCCUGCAGCCCGCCCGCAGCUCGGGCGCGCCGGGGGCGCCGCUGCUGACCGCGGUCGAGCGGGCGACGCAGCUGGAAGUGGCCGCCUUCGGCGCGCGCGCCGCCGGGGAGCCCGGGGCGGGGUCGCUCGACGUGAACGAGAGGCGGCGAACCUACGCGCGGCGGGCGAACCAUGCGCCCCCGCGCGACACCGCGCAGCAGCUGGGCAUCGCCGAGCAGGCGUCCGUGCAGCAGCGAACCUUCGCCAGCUACACUCGGUCACUCGCUGCCUUCAUGAUCUUCUGUGGCCCCACCUGCUUCAUUAUGCCGGCGCCCUCCUCGGGCGAGAAGCUCAUCGCGGCGCUCAUGAUGUUCCUCCCAGACUGCCAUGUCCGAGGCUGGCGGCCGCUGCCGCGGGCGAGCCGCGCCCUGCGCGGCUGGAGGAGGCUGGCGCCCACGAAGACGCGCCAGCCCCUGCCCUGGGCGGUCUGCUGCGCCAUGGCGAUGCAGGUCAUGGCCGAGGCGACGCCGGGCGGCCUCCCCUGCGGCCCCGAGGCAGCGCUGGCGUGGAUCAUGAUGGUCGACACUUAUCUGCGGCCAGGCGAGGCGCUAAGGCUCAUGUCAGCGCAGAUCUUGGGCCCGUGCGGCAUCCUCGCGGAGGUAGUGGUGCACGUCAACUCCGGCUACAUGCUGAGAGCUUCGAAGACGGGCGAGAUGGACGAGACCGCGACGAUUUCCCGGCGCUGGAUCGGCACCUGCCUGAUGGCCCUGGCCACUCGACUUCAGGGGCAGCCCCUGUGGCCGUUGAAGCUGUCGCAGAUGAAAGACCUGUUCGACCGCGCCGCCGUGAAAGUCGGACUCGCCCCUCUCGCGCCCGUCCUGUACAUGGCCCGGCGCUCGGGGGCCAGCGUCGACCGGCAGGGGGGCAGGUUGGCGCUCGACGAGGUCGGCAAUAGGGGGCGCUGGCGGACGCUGAGCAGCGUUCGCCGAUGCCAGAAGCGAGGGCUGCGCAGGCAGGAAGUGUGGAACAACCUCAGCGAGCGCCAGCGCCGGUAUUGCGAGUCGGCCGUGGCCGCGUUGGCCGCCAGGCUCGAGGCAGGCCCGCUCUGGGAUUACCAGCCGUUCUACAUAGAGCUGCUCUCGGGGCCCGAGGUCUGGUGCAAAGGGAUGCGCCGCCGCCGCUGCAAGGUCUACUCCUUUGACAUCUUGCAGGGGCCUGGGGGCGACCUCCUCAGGCCGGCUGUGAUGCGACGCGCCCCGAAGCUCGUCCGCUCGGGCCACUGCCUGGGCGCCCUGGCUGGGGUGCCGUGCGCGACCUUCUCGAUGGCUCGUGGUGGUCACAACGCUAUCCGAUCUAAAGACUUUCCUGCUGGCCUUCCUGGGUUGCCGCCCCACUUGCAGUCCCAAGUUGAAGAAGGGAACAGGCUGUUCUACAACGCUGUCCGGAUAUUUGACCAGUGCAGACGAUAUCGUGCCCCAUUCUUGCGGGAGGGCCCGCAGAGCAGCUACGCGUGGCACAUGCCAGACGCGAAGCGCAUCUUGGCCGCGCCGCGCGUUGCCGAC